UUUAUCACAAAAGUGGCUCAGUUAGCAAACCAGUUGAAUAUUGAUGAUGUUUGGCGGAGUAUUUAUGAUUGGUAUAUUCUCUUCCUAGUGCAAUGCACCCAGUUGUGAAUGCAAUUUGUUGCUUUUUCCCUCCUCUUUCUCUCUCUCUCCUCUAAGAUGUAACCCGCGAUCCUUCCUGCCAGCCAAAUUCUAUUCUUGGCUGGCUUCACUAAACCAACGAACACUUUAAGCAAUACCAAUUACCAAUACUACAUCAUCUUUGCCAGAAAUCACUCACUUGUUUCAUUUUUCUAGCUCACCAAAAACUAAAAAAAAUGGUGUCCACAUCACAGCACACCAAUUCCCUCCACAAAAUCCUAGCUUCCAAAUUAACUCUCACAAUCCCACCUUCAAAAUCCUCAUCUUCUUCUCCUCCUCCCACUGAAGAUUUCGAUUUCUCCGAUGUUUUUGGUCCUUCACAAUCACCUUCUUGUUCCCAAUCUCCUUAUUUAGGGGACCCACAAGUGAUUCACAAUCGUUCUCACUCUUUUCUGGGUCCCUCACCUCGUUACAGUAUCCCUACUUCACACCCAUUUCAUCAAACUCCUGAAGAAAUCAUCUCUAAUAUCACUGAUGAUGAUGAUGAAAUUGAGGUGAAAAUUGAGGAUGAAAAUAAAGAUGGGACUUUUGUCGAACAUUUGGUGUGCAUAGAGGAGGAGAGAGAAGAUGAGGUAGUUUCUAAGGUGGGUCCAGAGGAUUUUGAGAUUUUGAGAGUGAUAGGAAAAGGGGCUUUUGGGAAGGUGUUUCAAGUAAGGAAAAAAGGUGAGGAUUGUGAGAUUGGUGAUGAUUAUGAUGAGGGUGAUGGUAUUUUUGCUAUGAAAGUUAUGAGAAAAGAUAAUAUUAUUAAGAAGAAUCAUGUUGAUUAUAUGAAGGCUGAAAGAGAUAUUCUUACCAAAGUUGUUCACCCUUUUAUUGUUCAACUUAGGUACUCUUUUCAGACCAAGUCUAAGCUUUAUCUAAUUUUGGAUUUUAUAAACGGAGGACAUCUGUUCUUUCAUUUGUACAGACAACGGAUGUUCAGUGAGGAUCAGGCAAGACUUUACACUGCUGAAAUAGUAUCUGCUGUAUCUCAUCUUCACAAGAACGGGAUUGUGCAUCGUGAUCUUAAACCUGAAAAUAUUCUUAUGAAGGCUGAUGGCCAUAUUGUAUUAACUGAUUUUGGACUUGCGAAAGAAAUUGAUGAAUCAAGUAGAACAAAUUCUUUGUGUGGAACCAUGGAAUACAUGGCUCCAGAAAUUAUACAAGCUAAAGGUCAUGACAAGAAUGCUGAUUGGUGGAGUAUUGGGAUCCUGUUAUAUGAAAUGCUAACUGGACAGCCACCGUUCACACAUCCCAAUAGACAGAAGCUCCAGCAGAAAAUUAUCAAUGAAAAAGUGAAGCUUCCACCAAUGGUAACCACUGAAGCUCAUUCUUUGCUCAAAGGGUUGCUGCAAAAGGAUCCAUCAAAGCGGCUCGGUAGUGGACCCACAGGUGCGAAUGAAAUCAAGAGCCACAAAUGGUUCCGCCCUAUUAACUGGAAGAAAUUAGAAGCAAGAGAACUGCAGCCCAAAUUUAAGCCAGAUGUAAGUGGGAAAGAAUGCACUGCUAACUUUGACAAGUGCUGGACGACAAUGCCAGCAAACGACUCACCAGCGUCUACACCUACUGGCAAUGAACAUUUCCAUGGUUAUACAUAUGUUGCUCCCAACCCAUGGCUUUCAUCUGAAUGACAUGGCUCUGAAUGGGGAUGAUCAUGAUUCCCUUGCAACAUACUCUACAGAGGGAAGUGGCUCGACAAACACAAGCCGGUUCCAACAGGCAACAGAGACUCGAUAUUAUACACGGUUAUGUUGUAGGAGUAUAUAAUAUCUGAAAUUAGUGAUCUACAUUUGAUGCUUGAAAAAGGUGGUGAAAAGAAUUGUCAUUUUUCAUGAUAGAUAUCGAGUUUGUGAAGCUUGUAGCCUGCCUUUGCUAUAUUGAGCUUAACUCUCCAAGUCAAUUGAUUUCUGCUUCUUUAUGUGAAAAUCUUCAUCUAAAGCAGAAAAGAAAGAGAAUUACCAGUUAAACACGUUCUCAAACUGUUAUGGUAUUAAUAUUAUAUCUUCACAUGAUCACAUCUUGAUCGCUUA